ACGAAGGGAGACAAAUGUGGUUGAAAAGCUAAAUUUGUCAUGACUUAGUAUUUUUUUGUAAACAUAUGCUUAAUUUUAGAUUAAUUGUACCAAGAAUAAGCAGGUUUCUUGGCAAAUCCAAUAUACGAAACAGUAGUUUAUCACACAGAUUCACUUCUACAAUGGCAAGCCAAUACAUAAAAAGCAAAAUCAACUCAGAUGCCAUCUUGAAAUCUGCAGAAGAUAAAAGAGCAUAUGAAGGAUUAGAACUAAAAAAUGGGAUGAAAGUGUUAUUAAUCAGUGAUCCUGAAACAGACAAGGCUUCAGGAGCUAUGGAUGUAAAUAUUGGACACAUGAAAGAUCCGGUAGAACUGCCUGGGUUGGCACAUUUUUGUGAACACAUGCUGUUUUUGGGAACUAAAAAGUAUGAACAGGAGAAUGAAUACAGUAAGUUCCUAAGUGAACAUGGAGGAAGUUCUAAUGCUUACACUUCAGGAGAACAUACCAACUUUUAUUUUGACAUAUCACCUGAACAUUUACCUGGAGCUUUUGAUAGGUUUUCACAGUUCUUUCUGUGUCCUUUGUUUACGGAGAGUGCAACAGACAGGGAGGUUAAUGCAGUCAACUCUGAAAAUGAUAAAAAUUUACAGAGUGAUCCUUGGAGAAUUCACCAGUUAGAGAAAACCCUUACAGAUCCUUCACAUGAUUAUUCUAAAUUUGGAACAGGUAAUAAGGACACUCUUGACACCAUUCCAAAAUCUAAUGGUGUAAAUGUAAGGGAUGCUUUGCUGAAAUUUCACGAUGGUUAUUAUUCUUCAAAUAUCAUGGGACUUUGUGUACUAGGAAAAGAAUCGAUUGAAGAAUUAACAGAAAUGGUAGUUCCUAUGAUAGCUAAUGUAGAAAACACAAAUGUUGUAGUUCCUGAAUGGAAGGAUCAUCCUGUUGGUCCUGCACAGAUGAAGAAAAUAGCCUAUACAGUUCCAGUGAAAGAUGUUAGAAAUCUCUCCAUGUCAUGGCCUAUAAUGGAUUUACAUCCUUAUUUUAAAUGUAAUCCAGGUCAUUAUCUAGGGCAUUUAGUAGGUCAUGAAGGAAAAGGAAGUCUGCUGUCUGAACUUAAAAACAGAGGUUGGGUGAAUACACUGUGUGGAGGUCAGUCACCAGGAGCCAAAGGAUUUAUGUUCUUUAAGGUUGAUGUUGAUCUAACUGAAGAAGGACAAGAACACAUUGAUGACAUCAUAACUUUGACAUAUCAGUACUUUAACAUGUUGAAGAGAGAGGGUCCUAAACAGUGGAUAUUUGAUGAAUGUAAGGAUUUGAGUGCAAUGACAUUUAGAUUCAAAGGGAAGGAAAAGCCUAGAAACUACACAACACAAGUUGCUGGCCUUAUACAUAAAUACAGCUUAUCUGAAGUGUUAAGCGGACCAUACUUAAUGUCAGAAUUCCAACCUGAUUUGAUCACAAUGGUAUUGGACAAACUUCAGCCUGAUAGAAUGAGGAUCUUUGUAGUAAGUAAAAAGUUUGAAGAUAAAACUAACAUCAAAGAAAAAUGGUAUGGUACAGAUUAUAGUGUUGAAGACAUCCCAGACUCUAAAAUACAGAUGUGGAGUAAAUGUGGAGAAAAUGAAAACUUAACAUUGCCAGAAAAGAAUGAUUUUAUACCAACAGAUUUUGAAUUGGUAGCCAGGGAAGUAGAUCCAACUUCAUUACCAGAACUUAUUAAAGACAGUGCUAUGACACAACUUUGGUUUAAACAAGAUGAUACAUAUCUAUUACCUAAAGCCUGUAUUAAUUUUGAACUAAUUAGUUCUUUAGGUCGAUCAGAUCCAGUGAACUGUAACCUGAUGUAUCUGUUUGUAUCCCUGUUUAAAGAUGCUUUAAAUGAAUAUGCUUAUGAUGCUGAGUUAGCUGGUCUACAUUAUGGCUUAGAAUGUACAAUAUAUGGCAUGUCUUUUGCUAUUGGAGGAUAUAACCAGAAACAGAAAGUUUUAUUGGCCAAGAUUUUAGAGAAAAUGACAACUUUCAAAGUGGAUCCAAAAAGAUUUGAAAUAUAUAAAGAAAUGUAUACCAGAAGCCUUAAGAACUUCAGUGCAGAACAGCCACAUCAACAUGCUAUAUAUUACACAUCUGUACUGAUGUCAGAAUUUAUGUGGACCAAAGAUGAAUUAUUACAGUGUGUUGAGGAGAUGACAGUAGAGAAGCUAGAUGCCUUUAUACCUCAGUUAUUAUCUAAAUUAUAUAUAGAAGGACUUAUAUAUGGAAAUGUAACAAAGCAGGGAGCAUUAGAUAUUGUUGACACAGUAGAAUCUAUACUGACGACUAAAUGUAACACUAAGCCAUUAUUGCCUAGUCAGACAAAAAGACUUAGAGAGUUACAACUGCCUGAUGGCUCAUCAUUUGUUUAUCAUGAAAAGAAUCAUGUCCACAAAAGUUCUAGUAUAGAGGUAUACUAUCAAUGUGGAUUACAACAGACACAGCCUAACAUGUUACUGGAAAUGUUUGUACAGAUUAUAGCUGAACCUUGUUUUGAUAUCCUGAGAACAAAAGAACAGUUAGGUUAUAUAGUAUUCAGUGGAGUGAGAAGAUCUAAUGGUGUACAAGGACUGAGGGUUAUAAUACAGUCUGAUAGAUCUCCUGAUUAUGUAGAGAAAAGAGUAGAGGCAUUCCUAAAUAGCAUGGAUGACUAUAUCAAAGAUAUGACAGAAGAAGCAUUCCAAAAACAUUUGAAAGCUCUGGUGUCCAAACGUAUGGAGAAACCUAAAAAGAUAUCAGGACAAAAUUCAAGAUACUGGUCCGAAAUAUUAUCUCAACAGUAUAAUUUUGACAGAGAAACUGUGGAAGUUGAAUUUUUGAAAACUGUGAAGAAAGAAGAUGUCUUUAGUUUUUUCAAAGAUAGAAUAGCUGUAGGUGCUCCGUACAGGAAGAAGUUUUCUAUUCAUGUUGUUUCCUCCGUCAAUGGAGAACAACAAACAACAGAAACAAAUGGAGAACAACAGACAACAGAAACUACAGAUGAUGGGAACAAUCUGCUGCCCUCUCCAGAACUACCUCAGCCUAUGGUUGUGACCAGUGUAGCAGAGUUCAAAAGAGACAUGGGACUUUAUCCAUUACCAAGGCCUUAUAUAGACCUACAGAAAGCUAGAUCUAAAUUAUGAUAAAUUUAUUGAUAGGAAGAAUAGUUGUGAUGAAAAUAGAAGACCUAAUGAAACUUUACUUUGUGAUUCAACUCUAGUUGAGUUUUAAAAAGCACUUGGUGAAAUUUUACCUUCAAAUGAAAAAAGCUUUUAUUUUUCUGUUAACAUCAUCAACAAUUCUGUAAUAUCUUAUAUAAUCAAAAUUGAUUAAUUAUUUGAUUUCAGUUUGUUUUCUUAAAUAUACAAUAUGUAUUAAAAUAAAUUACAAUAAAACAAUCCAGUUUGCAGUCUCAAUACUGCUUGUUUCAGUGGAAUAUUUUUAUCACUUGUGCACAAUUUUAAGCAAAAGUUAAUUUUAGAGAAGUAUAACUUCUAGGUAAUUGGAGUUGAACCAUUGGUAAAUUUAAAGGGUUGCCUGUAAGAUAAGAAAGAGUCCCGUCUACAUCUGGCAAGCAAAUAUCACUUUUCAUAUUUCAUGAAUGACAACUGGGCAGUGUGUGUCUAGUCAGUUAAGUGUGUUUAAUGUUUGUAGUGAGAAUGAAAUGAUGGUUGGAAUAAGACCCGGAGCAAAUUGGACAUAAACAUUAAUGUUAUACACUCACAUUUUUACUUAUGAAAUAUCCCAUCAACAACCAAGGUAUUUUGGUAUGCUGUUGACCAUCUCCUUUUCAUGUGCAUGUUAUUAAGAUUAAGAUUGAUGCAAAAGAAAUGGCUAUUAAAUUCCUUGGAUUCAUUAGAAAUUGUUUAAUGAAUUAAGGUAACAGGCACUAAAACUGAAUAAUUUAUGCAAAGUAUAGGUUCAGAAAUUAAAUAACUAUAGUGUUAACUAGAGACUCCUUUCCCUUUUGAUAGAGUUUUGAUGAUGUAUUACCUAGACCAAUAUCACAACUUUCAACUGUUGAUGUACAAUGGAGGAAAUUAAGAAGGUCUUAUUAUUUUUUAAUUUUUUUUUUAAAUAUUGCAUACUGAUGUAUGUUUAUGUGAUUUUAGGAAUUUAUUAAAUGUUUUUAUUAUUGUGAAAAAUAUGUCAUUAUUACUAUGGCAUUAAUUAGAAGUUGUAUUUGUAAUUCUGAUUGCAUUUAUUGAUUUCAGCAUUUCACUAAAUUGCAUAAAGUACCCCCUCAUUGGUCUCUGUGAUCAACAUUGGUAAAUGCAGUUUAGGUAGCUGUAUACUUUAUGUAUACCCCUCAUACUCUUUUACUUAUACACAAUAAUUUUUGAAUUAACAGUACUUUUGUAUAUGACUUUUUUUUUUUUAUAUAUUUUUGCCUUAUAUGAAAUUGUAUUUGUAACUGGAUUUCAUACAUGCACUUAAACAGAUAAUUAUCAUUUUAUAAUUUUGGUGCAUCUGAAGUUGUUUACUGGUUUUACCUUCACCAGGAACAUCCAAACUCAAACACUUGAAAGCCAAUGAUGUUUAAAUACCUUAAAAUGUUAGGCGUAUAUGACCAACAGAGACCUAUGUAUGGUUGGGCAAAAUCAAAUGGCAAAAUAAAUUAUAUCAUUAAUAAGUAAUGUUUGUAACCUAUUAUAUAUCAUUAAUAAGUAUGUUUGUAACCUAU